CGCAUCAGUACCCUAGAGCCUCCAACGCGCGACUUGGACGAGGGCACCGCAUUCUGAAAGGCCACAUUCACGCCCAUGCAGCGCCCGCUGCCCUCCCAGGCCUGCGCUGCGAGAAACGAACAUGUCGGCCUUCGUUCGCGUCUCAGGACCGCCAAACAGUAACUUUCUGGUUGGCUAUCCGGGCAUAUCAGCAACACUACCUCGAAUAGAAGGCAAAGUCGAGAUACGGCCACUCAUUGGAGUAUCGGCGCCUGUCAAUGUCUCCCUCGUCACUAUCGCAUUACACCGUCGCGAAACCAUACACCCGUCCGCCGAUUCGGUUACGAAGAAGCAUCUGGCAGCCCCGCGCAAAGAGAUUACCGACAUCGUCGGUAAGGAAAUGCUCCUGUACCGAUGUUCGCCGGGAAGAGAACAUGAGAGUAUACUAUGUAUGGACCUACCGUUCGUCAUCUUCAUACCGUAUGGACGGGGAGGCGAGGAGGUAGCGAGGAGAGUCCCGCCCGCGAGUCUACAAUUACCGAGUCGGACGGCUGAGACGUUUUACGAACUCGUCGUGACAGUACAGCAAGGGCCCCAGGAACAGAAAAAGUAUCCCUUUGCCGUGCCGAUACAACGAUACGACACCCUCUCUACCUUUGGCAUGUACAAUCGACCCGAAAGCGCAGAACGAGUGACGGACCACCUCGUCACCCUUGGGAUAAGCCUGCCGAGAUGGAGUUAUGGCCCGAUGGAUCCAGUCUCGGUAUACAUCAAAUUGAGUCCUAAUCCCGAUUGGCUGAGCAAGGCGAAGAAGGUCACAAUCAACAAGAUCACAGUCGGCAUUGACGAAGAGAUCAUCUUCAACCACGAAGGAGAUGAACCGACUCGCAAAGUCAAAACGUUGGCAAAAACGCAGCAACACGUCGGCGUGAGGAUGCCCGAAGCGGGCUAUUUCACCAACCUCGGGCUAGUCUUCCCCGCAAAAGAUCUACGGGACAACGCAGGUGUCAUUCCGAGAGGGCAGAAGGAGUUUCCCAUGUACGCUGUCACUGGUUUUACGACGACUGGUACUCUAUACAAGAUUGAGUAUUACCUCACAGUCAAGGCGCAAAUGUCGUCAGCCCGAGACAUUCUGCUCCGUCAGCCUAUUGUGGUAUGUCCUUUUGACCAUGCAGGCUGUAAAGAGGAAAUGGAGGCCAUUGAGCAGGCAGCCAAGGACGCCGCACACGUCACACCUGACAACCCGAUGUUGCCCGCCAGUACUAUUGUUCGAUCCAACGACCCAGAAGGCUUGCGCGCACUUGGUAUCGCAAUUGUGGGAGGCGUACGGAAACCGCUGAUCGAGUGAAGAGCUGGGCGCGCAAAAGUAUUGAGGAUUUUGAGGGACGCGAUUUUGCCAUGCGUACGAUACUUGUGUUCGAUACUCCGCACGUUUUGUCUCUGCGAUUCGAGGGUCGAGACGGACUCGAGCACCAAACGUUGUUGCAUGAAGCCACCGGCAACCAGCCGACCCGACCAGGACAGACGAUUUGCACCACUUUGCACGCAAAGCACUGGAUCGCGCAUAGGCGAUAGCAUAUAAUACAGGCGCAAUACCGAUCAUGCAACCAGCGGAGCCCGGAGCCAUGUCGAAGCUACCAUCUACAGCACGCAUUGGGUCUAUUUGAACACAAAAGGCGCAAGGUCAUUAUACCCAGUGAGCUUGUGCAUUGUUUA